AACUUUAUCUCAAAUGAAUAUUUAAGUUCAUUAUAGAUAUAAUUAGAAAAUUCAGAAACAAUAUUAUUAUGUACUUAAAAAUUAAGACAAUAUAGGAUCUAUGAAUCACAACUGCAAUGUGUUUAUAUAUUUGAAAUGGUAUGAAUUUUCAUUUUUAACAUAAAAAAUGUGUUUGACUAAACUAUUUGACAAUUCACUUGAAGUAAUUAGUGACUGAAAGUUUGCUCUUAAGUGAGAUGUUACAUCUGCGCUUAUCUGCACAAAAUCAAUUGAGCUGGUUUAACUAGACAGCACAUAAUCUUCAUUUCAUUUUUUUGUUGAAAUUUAAAUCUAUAUUAUAUAUUUUAAAAGAAGCCUUAAUUUGAGUGAGGCCCAACAUUCUAAAGUCUAGCAUGAGGCCCAUAAAAAAAGAUGUGUAGAAGAUGCUCAAAGCUUCAUGUAUUGAUUAUGCUUUACCACUCUAGAACACUCUUUGAAUCGCAUCAUCAUAGCCAAUGUAACACUGCAUUUUCUCGAAUCUAUUAGACACUUCUCUAAGCAUCCAACAUAUCCUUAUUUAAGGUGUCUCAACUCCUUUAAUUAUUACAAGUAGCAAACAAAACAUAAAAAGAAGUUAAACAUUAAGGUAAAUAGAAAAUGGCUUUGGCACGUUUGGUUAUGAAAAAUUUAGAGCAAAGGGCAUUAUCAUCUGGAGGAGGUUCCUUGCAGAAGCAAUAUCAAUACAAGAGGUUGAGUGAUAAAAUUAAUAAUAAUGAAAAGUUGGUUGCAAGGUUUUCAAGUGGUGUUGGUGAUAAGGUGAAAUCUGAAGGAAGUAGUGAAGUGGCUGUCUCAGAAGGUAAUAAUAAUAGUAAGAAGUCAAGGUUGCUACCAAAGAGGAGAGGUAGAAGAUGGCUUUCUAGAAACCUUGAUCGUGACUUCUCUCCUACUCCUUUUGGGUUAUUUCCACCAAGUCUUGGAAAUGCACUAAUGCAAGCGACUGAAAACAUGAACAAACUAUUUGAAAACAUGAAUUUGACACCAUGGUCGUUAACCGGACGAGUCAGAGAAAGUGACAACCAUUACAAACUAAAGUAUGACAUGCCAGGAAUUCCUAAAGAGAAUGUGAACAUCACAAUUGGUGAUGGAGUUUUAACAAUAAAAGGAGAACACAAAGAAGAAAAAGGUGAUGAUGAUGAUGAUGAUGAUAAUAAUGAGUAUUGGUCAUCUUAUGGUUAUUAUAAUACUAGUAUGGUUUUGCCUGAUGAUGCUAAGGUUGAUGAAAUUAAGGCUGAGUUGAAAGAUGGUGUUUUGGUUGUUACCAUUCCUAGGAGUGAGAAGGUUAAGGAAGAUGUUAAGCAUGUGAAUGUAGAAUGAUGAAGGUGAAGGGGAUUGUGUAGAGUGAGGUGAAGUUGUAAUGGAUUUGUGAUGUUUGUGACUUGGGAGUUUAUGACAUUAUAUAUUACUUGCAGGGUGUGUAGUUUUGAACAUCAUGAAGAAAUAAAGUUUCUUACUUAUGUUAAA